ACCGGCGAGUCGGAGCCGCAGUCCCGUAGCCCCGAGUGCACCAACCCCAAUCCGCUGGAGACGAAGAACAUUGCCUUCUUCUCGACCAAUUGCGUCGAGGGCACCGGCCGGGGCAUUGUCAUCAGCACCGGAGAUCGAACCUUUAUGGGUCGAAUUGCGAACCUCGCUUCAGGGCUGGAAAUGGGAGAGACGCCGAUUGCGAGAGAGAUCGAGCACUUCAUCCACAUCAUCACCGGCGUGGCCGUCUUCCUCGGCGUCACCUUCUUCGUCAUCUCCUUCAUCCUCGGCUACCACUGGCUGGACGCGGUCAUCUUCCUCAUCGGCAUCAUCGUCGCCAAUGUUCCGGAGGGUCUGCUCGCUANCAAGAAGAACUGCCUGGUGAAGAACCUCGAGGCCGUCGAGACUCUGGGCUCCACCUCGACAAUCUGCUCCGACAAGACCGGCACGCUGACGCAGAAUCGAAUGACCGUAUCCCAUCUCUGGUUCGACAACACCAUCUUCGAUGCGGACACCACCGAGGAGCAGACCCGAUCUAGCUUCAACCGAACCGCCAAAACCUUCCGCCCCCUCUCUCUGGUCGCCCAACUCUGCUCCCGGGCCGAGUUUCUCCCCGGCCAAGAUCACAUUCCGGUGAUGAAGCGCGAGUGCACCGGCGACGCCUCCGAGUCGGCCAUCCUCAAGUCGAUGGAGCUCAUAGAAGGUCAGGUGAUCACUUUUCGGGAGCAAAAUCGAAAAGCCGCCGAGAUUCCCUUCAACUCCACGAACAAGUACCACGUGACGGUCAAUCAGAUCAACGUCAACAACGCGGACCGCUACGGCGACGGCUCCAACUACGUCAUCUGCAUGAAGGGCGCCCCGGAACGAAUCCUCGAUCGCUGCGCCACCAUCAUGGUCAACGGUCAGGUGCAGAAGCUGAACGAGGAGUACGUGAAGAACUUCAACAAGGCCUACAUGGAGCUAGGUGGGCUGGGAGAGCGCGUCAUUGGCUUCUGCUUCCUCCCACUUCCGGCGAAGGACUACCCAAUUGGAACCAGUUUCAACGUGGACGGCGACAAGGCCAACUUUCCCCUUGAUGGGCUCACCUUUCUGGGGCUGAUGUCGAUGAUUGAUCCGCCGAGAGCCGCCGUGCCCGACGCGGUCGCCAAGUGCCGCUCCGCCGGCAUCAAGGUCAUCAUGGUCACCGGUGAUCACCCAAUCACCGCCAAGGCCAUCGCCAAAUCAGUGGGCAUCAUCAGCGAGGGCACCGAAACCGUGGAGGACAUUGCCGAGCGCCUGGGCGUUCCCGUCAGUCAAGUGGACCCUAGCGAGGCGAAGGCCAUCGUCGUCAAUGGAGCGCAGUUGAAGGACAUGGCCACCGAAGAGCUGGACCACAUUCUGGCGACGCACACCGAGGUCGUCUUUGCCCGUACCUCGCCGCAGCAGAAGCUGGUCAUUGUGGAGUCGAAUCAGCGAGCAGGCCAAAUCGUCGCCGUCACCGGCGACGGCGUCAACGACUCACCGGCCCUCAAGCGCGCCGAUAUUGGAAUUGCCAUGGGCAUCGCCGGCUCCGACGUCUCGAAGCAGG